UAUUGUGAAUGGUGCUCACCGAAGAAGCAAAAUUUUGUUUAUAAGAAAAGUGAUUAGUAGUUUUUGGCAAAAAUUAAAAACUGUAUUAAAUCCACAAUGCCUCACGAACAUUCACACAAUCAUGGCCAAGAUUGUGGUCACGAAGCCACGGAUAUUGAUCAUGCACUGGAGAUGGGGAUCGAAUAUUCUCUCUUCAAGAAAAUUGACUUAGACAAUUUGGAGUGCCUAAAUGAGGAGAGCGAAGGCACCGGCAAGAAAGUCUUUAAAGCAUAUGAAAAUCGCUUGGAUCACACGGAAUAUGUACAAAGUGAUGCGGAUGAGGAGUUGCUUUUCAAUAUACCAUUUACCGGAAACAUUAAACUCAAAGGCGUAAUUGUUGUCGGGGCUAACGACAACACACAUCCCAAUAAAGUAAGACUUUUCAAGAAUCGAGCCAAAAUGACAUUCGAUGAUGUCUGCGGCAAGGCCGACCAAGAAUUUGACUUGUCGAGAGACCCACGAGGAGAAAUUGAAUAUUCACCAAAGGUGGUUACAUUCUCUUCGGUUCACCACUUAUCUUUACAUUUUCCCUCUAAUUUUGGCGAUGAUGCAACACGUAUAUACUAUAUUGGCUUACGUGGCGAAUUUAGCGAAGCUCAUUACCAUGGUGUAACAAUAUGCACGUACGAAGCUCGUCCAAACGUUAGCGAUCACAAAAAUGAAACCUUCGAUACUGUUAACCGCUCGAUACAGUGAUAAUGUAUCAAUUUUUGAAAUUUAAUUAUUUAUUGUUAUUUUGAUACAAACAAAAAAGAAGAAA